GCGCCUGUGCAGCAGAGCGUUGGUAUAGGCCAGUGUACAGUACAGUAUGAGAUGUAGUGGGACGUGUGGGCAUUGGAGGAGAAUAGGCUACAGUAUAGUGUAUACCCGAGGUCUGCUGCUGCUGCUGUCGUCGGAAAAAGACGUGCACCUGAGUAGACUUAGAGAACCGCGGACGGUGGUGAUGAAAGCCAGAGGAACAGAGGAAUGGGCGAUGGAAUGUGCUACAGCUUUGCAAUGAGACGUCUGUGGGUCUGUGUCUUGCUUGUGAGCAUCACCUGCCGUCUUAGCCUCUCGCAGGAUGUAACUGGAACUCCUAAAGAGGCAGAAUUAAAUGACAACAUCACCAUCUUCACACGCAUCCUGGACGGACUGCUGGAUGGUUAUGACAACAGACUCCGCCCUGGACUGGGAGAAAAGGUGACAGAGAUCAAAACCAACAUCUUUGUCACAAGUUUUGGUCCAGUGUCUGACACUGAAAUGGAAUACACUAUUGACGUGUUCUUUCGCCAGAGCUGGAAAGAUGAGAGACUUUGCUUCAAAGGCCCGAUGGAGAUGCUUGCCCUGAAUAAUCUCCUUGCCAGUAACAUCUGGACCCCCGACACCUUCUUCCUCAACGGGAAGAAAUCCAUCGCUCAUAACAUGACUACACCUAACAAACUACUGCGGCUCAAAGAUGACGGGACUCUUCUCUAUACCAUGAGACUGACUAUAUCAGCAGAAUGCCCCAUGCAACUGGAGGAUUUCCCGAUGGACGCCCAUGCUUGUCCCCUUAAAUUUGGAAGCUAUGCGUAUCCAGUCUCAGAGGUGGUCUACACGUGGACUCAGGGAGCAGCCAAGUCAGUGGUGGUGGCAGAGGAGGGCUCCCGGCUCAAUCAGUAUCAUCUGAUUGGUCAGACUGCAGGCACAGAGGACAUCUACACCAGCCGAGGUCAAUAUACUGUGAUGAUGGCUCACUUUUACCUGAAGAGGAAGAUCGGCUACUUUGUCAUUCAGACCUACAUGCCUUGCUUCAUGACUGUAAUCCUGUCGCAGGUUUCCUUUUGGCUCAACCGGGAGUCUGUGCCAGCGCGGACUGUCUUUGGUGUGACCACAGUGCUCACUAUGACAACUCUCAGCAUCAGUGCUCGAAACUCGCUGCCUAAAGUGGCUUAUGCUACUGCUAUGGACUGGUUCAUCGCAGUCUGCUACGCCUUUGUCUUCUCUGCCCUCAUUGAAUUUGCUACAGUCAACUAUUUCACCAAGAGGAGCUGGGCCUGGGAUGGAAAAAAAGCGAUGGAGGCCCAACAACCCAAGAAAAAAGACCCUUUGGCUCUAUCUAAAAAGCCAAACAACACCUGUUCAGCUGGUGUGAAUUAUACAGCCAACCUUACAAAGGACACAUCUAUCUCCACCAUUUCGAAUAGCACAGCUGUUCAGCUCAAACCCUCUGAAACCAAGGCCCCAGACCCCAAAAAGACUUACAACAGCGUGAGCAAGAUUGACAAGAUGUCCAGGAUAGUGUUCCCAGUGCUGUUUGGGACCUUCAACCUGGUGUACUGGGCCACAUAUCUCAAUAGGGAACCAGUGAUCAAAGGAGCUGUGUAAGCUCUGUCUGUCUCUCCUGACAACCACUUCAGGAUUUGACAACUAGAACGCAAUCAAAAACAAUGCCAAGCACUUAGUCCUUGUAUCAUAGAUGUGUGUUUUUUUUUUUUUUUUAGGUUCAUUGGGUUACAUUGCAUGUCUGUUGCUUCAGGAAAAUGUUGCCAUGUUUGCCUUGAGUUUGUACAUGUAGGAUUAACAACUUUUCCUUAAAAAGUUUGUCUCAUUUUACAACUCAGUCACUGAUUAGUUUUUGCCAAAUCAGAUUUUUUGACAUUUUAGCAUUUGGCAUCCAUAUUUUCUCCUUGAGUCUACAGUAGGUGACGGUAAAGCAAGGCCAAAUGCUAUGCAAAACAACAUUUUUACUGUCUUAUUUCUCGAAACCGGCUUUUAUCUUUGUAACUGUUACCUUGUACAAAUGGGCUAGAGGUCCAGGUAUGUGAGGCUGGGCCCAGGCACAUGGAACUUUGCUUCCUUGUUAAAAGCAGUUGAAUAGCCAUGCUAAAUGUUUUGCCUUCAGAGUGUGACAACUCAUCAUGAAUGCACUGAAAACUCCUGCAAUUACUUUUUCAGAAGCCAGUUUUAAAACUUUCAUGAAACAGGUCGACUCUGUUUGCUCAUUUUUGCUACUUUUCUGGAUUUUGAGUGGCCAGUUUUCCAUUAAUAUUCUUUUUCUGUUCAUGUAGAGAUUAAACAGGGACAGAUUUCAAGCUAAAGUGAUAGUGGCAGCUUAUAUUUCCAGGUCACCAUGUUAAGGAUUCCUGUACGUAUGUUCAUAUGGUCGUAGUUGAAGACACAUGUAUAUAUGCCCUGCUUUUAGAGAAGCACCACUAAGCCCGCUAAGUUAGCUUCUAUGUUAUGCAUAUACAGCAACACAGUGUUACUCUAGUCUAGUGCUUCAUUGACUGGAUAUUUAAAAAAGAGCAGAAUAGCUUGAGCUUUAGCAAUUUUGACCGAAUAUAUUAUGCUUUUUUAAACAUUUUCUUUUUUUAGAUAAGCUUCUUGUUUCUAUCAGCUUUGAUGAUAACUUGCAAAUAUUCUUGAUUAACAUUUGGAUGCUUUAGGCAGGAUCACUUUUUUGUCAUAACUAAUGUCUGUACUAAAGAGACUGACUUGAGCUUAUCAGGUUAUCAGAGACAGAAAGUCGCAAUGACAAAGUUGUCGAAUUUCGACCAUCAUCAUUUUAAAUCAUGUUAUAGUUACUAUUUUUAGGAUUCCAGGUGAAGGUGUAAGAUCAAGUAUUGAUAUGAAUUUGUCAUGAUCAGUGGAGUGCUAUCAUAAAUUAAUAUUCAAUAUUUUGAGGAAUAUGCUUAUUUGCUUUCUUGCCAAGAGUUAGAGGAGGAGAUUGAUACCAUGUGUCUGUACUGUAAAUGUAAAGCCACCACCUGCAACCGGUUAGCUUAGCUUAAUAUAAAGACAGGAAACAGGUUAAUCUGUUAAAGGAAUACUUCCUGAGAAUUACAUGAGAAAACUAAUGUCAUGUCUGUACGGUAGAUUUGAGGCUAUAUCCAGAAAACUUAGCUUAGCAUAAAGAAAAGAGAAAACAGCUAGCCUGGCUUUGUCCAAAGUAGAGAAAAUCAGCCUACCAUUACCUCUAAAGCUCCCUAAUUUCACAUGUUGUAUCUGGUUUGUUUGAUACAAAGUGGAUUGUGACUUUUGAUUUUGAUGCAAACAAGCUGUUGGACCAGUCUAAAUUAAGCGCGUUAGUAAAUCCAGAGGAGUUACACUAUAAUUUCAACUUGGAUUAAACAAAGAAAAAGCUGUAACCACAACUUGUUUUUUACAUGUUGGCUUUUGUAUGAAUUUAGGUUAGGAUUAGUUGUUAAGUAUUGAGUUUUAUUUGUGUUGUUAGGUGAACUUUUUAGCCAAGCUAGUUGUUUCCCCCUCUAUAUGUAUGCUAAAAUAAGCUGAUGGUUGUAGGUCUGUAGCUUUAUAUUUAGUAUGCAGACAUGAGAGUGUUAAGUAUUCCUUUAAUGGAAUAACCUCAAAUUAAAACACUUUUAAGGUCACCAUUAGGCCACAUAAAGUCAAGGAUUUUGCAUGAUUCUCACUGCGAAGGCUGCAUGCACUACAUUCACUUAAGCAGAGUUAGUUUUGCAGUCUUUGUAGUUCUCCCAGAAUUACAUUUUAAGCCAUCUCUAUGGCUCUAUAUGAAUAGUUUAAACAUGAGUGUGAUCAUGUGACUUUAUGCCUUCUGUGUGGCCUGCCACUAUUUAAUACGUUUAUGGAUCACACCGGUUGUAUUGUAUUAUUAUUAUAUUUAAGUGAAUUUUAGGUACAGGCUGUUCUUUAAAUGCAAUUAUCUGAAGCAAUAAAUAAUGCUCAUAUGAAUAAAGACUUCUGUUUAUGGUAAUAUGUGAUCAUAUGCCCUUCAUUUUGUUGAUGUCUUUUUAUCCAGAUUUUAUCCUUUCAGCAAUAGUCUUUUUCUAUAUAUGGCUGUACUGUGAUUCAUUUUAGCUCCAACCUUGCCUCGUUGGAAGCACAGUGCUUUCUGAACAUAUUUAUGUAAUUUAUUUCUGUAUUUUAUCUUUUUAUGCAAAAGGCCUGUGCAGCUGACCAGUGUAAGGGUCUGGGCCAUUAUUGAAACCUUCUUUUUCUUUCUUAAUUGUUAUGCAUACCUGAUUCCAAUAAAGCUUCACUGACUCCA